AUUUUCUCAGUCAAGACUUGAGAGAGAGAAAAAGCGAACCAAAUCUUUGUUUCUUUCCUUGGUUAAACCCGAACCAGAACCAGAACCAGUGAGACGAGAGAAAACCAAAUCUUUCGACGAACGAAUUCACUUGCUCCACCCAUUGAAUUCCUUUAAGACAAACGCAAACAACUCUUCUCUAGUCAUAUAAUUCAAUUCAAACAAGAAGAAACAAGAUACAAGAGCGAUGUGGAGGAAGAAGAAGAUGAAGCAGCGGCGCCGCUUCACCUUCUUCUCCUAUUGAUUCCCCCCCUCCCUUCCCUCCUCCGCUCUUUCAUGGCCUCUUCUCAGCAUCGCUGCGUUUUCGUGGGGAAUAUACCAUAUGAUGCUACUGAGGAACAGCUUAUAGAAAUCUGCAGGGAGGUUGGCCCUGUUGUUUCUUUCAGACUGGUUAUUGAUCGAGAAACUGGCAAACCAAAAGGUUAUGGGUUCUGUGAAUACAAGGAUGAGGAGACAGCUCUAAGCGCUCGACGAAAUCUUCAAGGUUAUGAGAUCAAUGGCCGGCAAUUACGAGUUGAUUUUGCUGAAAAUGACAAAGGCUCUGACCGAAAUCGAGAACAGGGUCGUGGUGGACCUGGACUGGCAACAAAUGUUGACCCUCAAAAACAAGUAGGAGGCCCAGCAGCCCAUGGGGAAUCUGUUCACCAGCAGCCUAUUGGUCUCCAUUUAGCUAUAACUGCUGCAGCUCUCAUGGCUGGAGCUCUUGGUGGUGCUCAGGCUGGUCUGCAGCCUAAUCAAAGUGCUUUGCCGAGUCAGCCAGCACCGGCCAGUGACCCCUUAACGCUCCAUCUUGCCAAAAUGUCUAGGAGCCAACUGAAUGAAAUUAUGUCUGCGCUGAAGAAAAUGGCCACACAAAAUAAGGAACUAGCUCGUGAGCUAUUGCUUGCAAAACCUCAGUUGCUGAAAGCUAUUUUUCAGGCACAAAUAAUGCUAGGAAUGGUCACCCCCCAAGUGUUGCAGAUGCCAAACAUUCAACAGCCUCCAGGUCAACUAACACAGACUUCAUUACAAGAUGGCCAGCACAGUCAGCAGCCAACAGCACAAACUCUUCCCCAGAAAGUUCAGACUGGCUUAAUCCCAAAAGUACAAGGUCAAUUGGCUGCUGUGCCUCAUAAUUCUUUAGCUCACAACCAAUUUUCUGCAACCCUACAAUCAACUUUGCAGCCUCGAAUGCAGCUUCCACAACAUUCCAGCAAUCAUGUUCUACCACCAGCUGCUGGACAUUCUGUAGUUCCCACAGUUCCUUCCACAAAUCCCUCUGUUAGACCUCAAAUUCAGGUGGCAAAUUCCUCAUCUUUUAACCAGCAGGUGCAGCCAUCAUUGCCACACUCAGGACAGCUUGCAAGUGCUAAUUUAAGUCACAGCACACGGUUGGUUCUGCCAAAUGCAGUCAUGCAGUCAGCCCCUUUGCCUCAUCCUCCCUUGCCAGAUGCUGGCUUUCAGCCUGGUCCCUCAAUAACACCUGGCUGUUCAGAGAAAUUAAACAUGGUUCACUAUCCUUCAGAAGCAAUAAGUCGGCCGUCGAAAAUGGUGAAAUUAAAUGAUGGAAGGAGCACUUCUUCCACAACGGGGGGGUUGAAUAUGUCCAAUGUUAGUGGCUCCAGAACAUCACAAACAUUUGGUGUUGAUUCAAUGCCUGUAAAUCAAGUACCUAGAGCAGAAGAGGUGCAAUAUCCUGAAAACCAGACACAGCCACAGCUUGCACCAGAAGUGGAGUCCACCUUACUGCAGCAAGUGCUAAGCCUAACACCAGAACAGCUAAGUUCAUUGCCGCCUGAACAACGGCAACAGGUCAUUCAACUCCAACAGGCACUUCGGCAAGAUCAGAUGCAGCCAUCAUAGCAGGCAGACCUCCGAUGCAACAGUGUUGUCUUCCAUAAUUUUUUUAAACUUAUUGGAAGGAGAAGCACCCUGCUUUUUGAUUGAUUAUUAUUUUUCUCAGAAGAUAACACUUCUAGAUUUGAUAAGCAACAGCAUGUACCGUUAAUGUAACAUUUUAUAAGAUGGUUACGAGAAUAUGGGAGAAGGAAAACAAAGAAAAUUUUGCCUUAUCUUCUCAUGAUCUCUGACCUUUGGUCACAUGUUACUUGUACUUUUUGCCUUUUUAACUUGGUGCCUGUGGGUCUACCUUGGGUCAAGUGAUGUUCUUGUUAGCCUGAAAAGAGAGCUUGCUGGAUUUCUUUUCUGUUUAAUCUCGUGUGUAUUUGCUGAUUAUGUUUGUAUCACUUUUUCAUGUUAGGCAAUGGUAGCAAUGCAGCCUUGGGUUUGAAGUA